UCUGCUUCAUCUACCUUGCUUGCGUCUCAAAUGUUUUCAGGAGACCAAGGAUCAUCAUCCACGCCUUCGUUCUUUGCCUAUAUAGCGAACCAACCCGGUUCAGGAGCUGCCCUGCUGUCAUUUUAUAGUUGCUAGUUUCUGGUCUUUGAUACACCUCCAUAUAGUAUCGUAUGCAGCUUAUAUAGUUAGAUCAUACAACACCAUAUGAAUAUAAUUUAUUAACGUGGUGCUUAUAUGCUUAUAUAGAUGAGCGUACGACUUCCCUCAGCAUCUUCUUAGUCCUCCUUUCUUGACUACAACAGCAGCUACAGCUAGUUUUAGAGUAAAAGUUCUCUACGGCUACUUGUUCCCAGAAAGAUAAAACACCAAUCAUCACGAUAAUUAUGCGCCUCGUAGCUACUUCCUAGAAAGAUACAACAAACAAAAACAAGAUGGGUGGUUUUUUCGGAUUCGUUACUGAUGCUUUCUGCAUCGAGAGCGGACGACGGUUGUCCACUCUCGCCAAGUGGUCCUUCAUUCAGGGUGGCAUCUACAUCGUACUGGGCCUCUUGAUGGAAUUCUUCCCUGCUCUCUUCCCAGCGAUCUUUCUAUCAGAUCAAAAGAAGGCUACAGAAGUUAAGGCUUGAUGCAAAGAAUGUUUGUUUCCAUAUUUAAAAAUUAUUGGUUGCAUUGAUUCUUCUCAAGAAGAUGAAAGAACAAGUAACAUCCUUGAAGAUGGCCCCCUCUACUUGAUCUCCAAGUGCCCUGCAAUGAAUAGGUCACGCAUGCAGGAAUACGUUCUGAAGAAUGCAAAAAUGUGUCAAAAAAGAAAGUGCUGCCUUGCGGUUUUGCUGGAAGUUCUAACAACCGUUGGUUCCGUGCUUUCGGUUUUGCUGUUUUCUACAUUGGGCUUUUCUACGUAUUUGCUGGUAUUGCAGACAACAGCAAGUUCGCAGCAGCGUCGAUCAUCAUUUAAGGCACAUUUCUUGCAAAAAUUCUCAUUAAAUCAUUCAUUUAUUACCUACUCAAGUAGAGGUGUGGUCCUCCAGAGCGAGGGGACGCCCUGAACUUUCUGUACAGGAAGAAAUCAAUAUAUCAAAUCUACUACUGGGUUACCACAGCCCCUUCUACGAGGCCUUUCUACAAGUUCAUUAACCUUCUACAAGGCCAUUCUACAAGCUCAUUAACUACUUAUAUUCAUCGAUCUACAAGCCCUUUGUUCUACAAGGCCUUUCUCCUUCUCGGAAUUGGGAGAUCAUGAAGUGUUGGCUUGUUUUGCGCUCGUCCACUUCCUUCACUGCUCCUCCACUGAGCGAAGUCUCAGAACAACUCACUGCUCCUCACUGCUUCUCUCACUGCUUACUCCACUCAGAACAACAGGAGUUCUGUGAAGAAUUCAUCUUUUGAGCAGCUCUAAAACACGCGCAUCAUCAUCGUCCCCGGCCUCUUCGUAGUACCUCUGUACUGCAUGGAAGCCAUACCUGGAGGCAUGGCCGUGUUCUUCGGAAUUGCAGAUCCAACCUUGGCAAUUAUGACCUUGAUUCUCUAUUACAGACAACACCAGCACGUGACCACCGUGGACAUCACUGCUCAUGACGUGGAGGAGGAUUAUGGGACUGUGCAAUAGCCUUCUAGGGUGAUGGAAAUGCUCACAUGACGUGGAGUAGCUGUAGUGGGAAGGAGGUUUCUGGAAUUGUAGUGGAAGUAGUUGUCUGGAAUUGUAGUGGAAGUAAGUGGAAUGCUCCUUGGAGGAUGGAAGUAGAAAUGCUCCUUGGAGGAUGAUGUUGGAAGAGGAAGCAGGUCGAGACCUGCGGGUGUGCACCUUCAGGCUUGUUCUUCUAUCCAAUUGGAGAAGCGGCUGCUACUACAUUGAGGAAGAACUUCAAUGUGGUACUUCUAUAGGAGGUCGUGACCACGGAAAAGCCGCGACUUGGAUGAUGGCAGUUCUCUUCAUAAAUGACGUAGUCCUUGGGUCGUUCUUCUAAUUUAGAUCAUAGAAUUGUAAUUUAUCUUUUUGCUCACUUCGUCGCUCGACGCUCUUCAGGAGAUGGGGGUGGAGCAGGAGUAACUGCAAAUUCGACGAGGCAAUCGCCGGGUGAAAGCGACUGUCCUCCACGUCGUAUAAUUAGAGAUGAUAUAAUACGGUUGAAUACUUAGCGACAUCUUGCUUCAACAGCAUGAGCAUUUUUACAAUAGAAAUGAAAUAAUUCUUGACUAAUUCUUGAUUUUCUUUGAUGAUGAUUGAAUCACUAUUUAAUCACACUUUCUUCUUGUUCUUGGACAAAAUAAUCGUGUUAAAUCAAUGCUAUUACCUUACUACACGUAGUACACAUGAAACGACAACUCCCUGACAACUGUUCUAUGUAAUUUCUAUUAUCGACUUGGAAAGAAAUGAAAUGAAUAUGAAUUUAAUGUUUGUUGAUGUCCC